ACAGGAAACCUCAACAUCUUCCGAUAGCUUCUUCCGCCUUGAUAAACAAAGUCCGUUUGAACAUCGAGAAAACAAAAUAAGACCAAACAAUACAAAAUGAAAUAAUAAUAAAAGAUAUCGCUGGUUGCUCUGCUAGGGCAACCUGGGUGUUGUUGAUCGUCGCGCGAAUAAUAACAGAAAAAAGGAGAGGUCAACCGGGUAGCCAUGUCCAGGGCUCGAGUCUACGCAGACAUCAACGUCCACCGCCCUAGGGAUUACUGGGAUUACGAAUCUCUCACGCUUCAGUGGGGUGAUCAAGAUGACUACGAGGUUGUUCGGAAGGUUGGCAGAGGAAAAUACAGUGAGGUCUUUGAAGGUGUAAAUGUCACCAACAAUGAAAAAUGCGUUAUCAAGAUCCUUAAACCCGUCAAGAAAAAGAAGAUAAAGAGGGAAAUAAAGAUACUACAGAAUCUUUGUGGAGGUCCAAAUAUUGUGAAGCUGCUUGAUAUUGUCCGGGAUGACCACUCAAAAACUCCUAGCUUGAUCUUUGAAUAUGUGAACAGUGCAGAUUUCAAAGUGUUGUACCCCACACUGACAGAUUACGACAUUCGCUACUAUAUAUAUGAACUUCUCAAGGCAUUGGAUUACUGCCAUUCGCAGGGCAUAAUACAUCGAGAUGUCAAACCUCACAAUGUUAUGAUCGAUCAUGAGCUGCGAAAACUUCGCUUGAUUGAUUGGGGUCUCGCUGAAUUCUACCAUCCUGGCAAAGAGUUCAAUGUCCGAGUAGCUUCAAGGCACUAUAAGGGGCCUGAACUCCUUGUUGAUUUGCAAGACUAUGACUAUUCUUUAGACUUGUGGAGCCUUGGAUGUAUGUUUGCAGGAAUGAUCUUUCGGAAGGAACAAUUCUUCUACGGUCAUGACAAUCAUGACCAGCUAGUGAAAAUUGCUAAGGUUCUUGGAACGGAUGAAUUAAAUGCAUAUUUGAAUAAAUAUCACCUUGUCCUUGAUCCUCAGCUCGAUGCUCUUGUUGGAAGGCACAGCAGGAAACCGUGGUCAAGAUUUAUCAAUGUGGAUAAUCAACAUCUGGUUUCUCCAGAGGCCAUUGAUUUUCUAGAUAAGCUUCUUCGAUAUGAUCACCAGGAAAGGCUUACAGCAGGAGAAGCAAUGGCACAUCCAUAUUUCUCCCAAGUGAGAAGUGCAGAAAAUAGCCGGAUGCGGACUCAGUAACACUAGACUCCCACAGAAUCUUUUGGUAAACAAGCUUGUAUCCCCUUUUUCUUUGGCUGUAGCCUGUGUAUGAUCACAAACAAAAAAAAUAUUUACCUAGCUUAGGCUGUUCAUUGCAUCCAAUUUUUCUGAUAUAUAUAUUUUUUAAAUGCUGGUAUUCUUUCUUCUC